AUGGCAAGUCCUGAGGGGGCCCGACGCCACUUCUCAAAGGGCCUCCUGCUCUCAGCCUCAAUCCUGGCCCUCUGGGUCCCCCAAGGCUCCCGGGCUGCCCUCCGCAUCCAGAAGAUUCCAGAGCAUCCUCAAAAGAACCAGGACCUGCUCCUGUCUGUCCAGGGCAUCCCAGACACCUUUCAGGACUUCAACUGGUACCUGGGGGAGGAGGCCCACGGUGGCACGAUGCUCUUCACCUACAUCCCCGAGCUUCAGCGGCCCCAGAGGGACGGCAGUGCCAUGGGGCAGCGUGACAUCGUUGGCUUCCCCAAUGGCUCCAUGCUGCUGCAUCGGGCCCAGCCCACCGACAGCGGCACCUACCAGGUAGCUGUCACCAUCAAUCCUGCCUGGACCGUGAGGGCCAAGACCAAGGUCCAGGUGGAGGAAAAGCAUGAGGAGCUGCCCAUUACACACCUGCCCAUGAGCGCUGGGAUCAUGGUUGCCAUCAUCAUUGGAUCCCUUGCCGCUGGGGCCCUCUUCAUCGGGAGCAUUGCCCAUCUCCUGUUAACAAGAAGCUGGAGGGGCCAGAGCCACAGGUACAGGGGCCCCAGGCCCCUCUCUCCUUCCCUCUGUCUUCUUCCCCACCCCUUGGGUCCCACUGGUUGAUCCUUCCAUGAGUCACGUC